AUGCUCUUGCAGUUUCCGGGUGUGGUUGAAUCAAUUUUCAAUGCAAUUGAUGAGAUUUCACGUGAAGCAACGAAAAUUUUACAUCGGCCACAGGAAGAAAACGGUGAUGACGAAAGGGUACCAAAUGGCGGUAAUAGCAGUAGCUCAACUGGUACCACGGGAUGUGCUGAUGGCGAGCAUCAAUCCUUACAGGCAAUUCUUUUUUUCUGUCUCGAAUUUUAA